AAUCUCUCUCGCCGGGCUCUUAAACUGGUCUCUCUCCCCCUUUCUUCUCUGCUCAAGCCUGUCAUUCCAAUGCCACCAUCCCCUCCUUUCAAAUGUCCCUUCCCAGGCUGUACCCUAAGCUACCAACGCAAAGAACACUUAACCCGCCAUGCAAAAAGCCACUCUAAACAACUCGAGACUUUCAAAUGCCUCUUCUGUGACCGCUCAUUUUCUCGAAACGAUACACUACGCCACCAUGUUCGCUCCCACCAUCAGGAUAAAGAUUUGAAAUCAUCCCGGACAAUAAAAGCUUGUACCUAUUGCCGUGGAAGGAGGUCGAAAUGUGAUGGACAUGAUCCUUGUGAUAGGUGCUCUCGAUUGGGGAAGGAAUGUUCCUAUUUGGAAAAAUUGGUAUCACGGAGUGGUACUCUGGAUGGAGAGAGAGAAUUGGCGUUUUCAAGGCCAGGAACGAGAUUGGGUUCUUCGACACGAUCGGAGGGACUUGAAUAUAGUCCUUGCAGAGUGAAAUCUUAUGUCCAGGCCUAUUUUGAUGUUUUUCAUCCAAAGUGGCCAUUUUUGCAUCCGGCGACCUUUGAUCAUACGAGUGAACCAGCUUUUCUGCUUCAAUCAGUGGUGAUGAUGGGGAUGUGGGUGAGUAGGGAGAGUACUGUGCAAAAGAGGGCGAAAGAUCUGCAUCGUAGGUUAAUCUUGUGCAUAUAUGAGCAAAUGGAAACUUGGGCCAUCCCAGAGAAUUAUGACGCACUCUCUGGUCCUACACACUGGCCACUGGCAACAUACCAAGGAAUCUUGCUGCAAACAAUCUUCUCCCUCCUCCGGGACCAGGAUCCCAUUGAUCUGGGAUUGACUACAGUUCUACCCGAAAUACCUUCUCAGCUUCUCAAGGCUCUUGUCCACAGCUGUCUUAAGAGAAACAUGCUUUUUUACCCCUCGAUGUUAUCCCAAUUUAGACAGGGAGAAAGCCCUGAGGUAUACGUCUGGGUUGGCGUUGAGGAAGUAAAGCGUUUCGCCCUAUCGUUAUACCGGGUGUGCCAGCGUGCUCGGCUUCAAGAUCCUGGAGAGCUGGGAGGUGUGUCUUGUCAAAGCAAUUGGGCCCCAUCACGAUUGGAUGGGGUGAGUCUGUUAUCUCUGGCUGACCUGCGAUUUGCUCUGCCGGAUAGUAAUGAGCUUUGGCAUUUGACAUCGGGAUUGGCUGACCGAUUGACUGGGAAGUCAGAGGGUUAUAGAGUGGCUAAUAGCGAAGAGAAUUGGAUUUCUCAGGCCGUGAGGCUUUUGCAGCCGCAAGGAGAACAGUUUCGGUGGAUAUGA